ACCGGCCAUAAUUUCUGAGUAUAUCCCAAAAAGCGAGAAAAGCCAACAAAACCCGUUCUUUCAAACCAGACACAACUUUAACGUGGCCCUGAUCCCGCGUGUGUUUCCCAAGUAAAGAGGACAGAUCGGAUUUACAGUACCAACAAGAAAGUCCAGUUCGACCGACAGACAUGUCACAGGAGCAUGACAAUAAGAGGGCGGUGCUCGUGCUGCAGAAUGACCCAGCCUACAGCCAGCGGCGUUCCUUCACCAUGGAGGACGAGGCGUGGAAGUCCUUCCUGGAGAACCCGCUGACGGCCGCCACCAAGGCCAUGAUGAGCAUCAACGGCGACGAGGACAGCGCCGCCGCCCUGGGCCUCCUCUAUGACUACUACAAGGUGCCCCGGGAGAAGAGAACAAUAACCCAGCAAAAGGCAGACAUCAUGGGCUCUGAUGUGGAUCCCAACAAAAGGAGCCUAAUGGCUCUUCCAGAGACCUCCAUGGCGGCCUCAGAGGGCAAGAUCCAACUCUUGAAGGGAGUUCCCUUCAACGUCGUCCUGCCGGGGAACCAGCUGGCCCAGGACAAGCGGUCCCUCUUCCCCUCCCCGGCCACUACAGUCACCGUCUCCAUAGCAGCCGUGCCCAACUAUCCAAUCAAGACAGAGGGACCCUCUAAUGGUUUCUCGGUGACGAUCCCCGGUGCCCAGUGCUCGGAGCCAGACAGCCACGCCGGGGUGUUUGAAAGGCAGCUGGCCCACAACCAGUUCAGCCCCAACACCCAGCCCCGCACCCCAGACUCCACCUUCCCUGAGAACUUCAAGGAUGGGUCGCAAGAGGUGUACGCGUUCCCAGGGGAGCUCCAGUUACGCAUGGCCCCCAUCGACCAGGACGGCUACUCCGCUUUUGACACCGUGUCAUGCAACAACUUCGAAUACACACUUGAGGCGUCAAAGUCUCUCCGUCAGAAGUCAGGUGACGGCACGAUGACGUACCUCAACAAGGGCCAGUUCUAUCCCAUCAGCCUCAGGGAGAUGGACAACCCAAAAGUGCUCCAACACCCCAUCAGCAAAGUGCGAAGUGUGGUGAUGGUGGUCUUUGGAGAGGAGAAGUGCAGAGAUGACCAGCUGAAACACUGGAAGUACUGGCACUCCAGACAGCACACAGCCAAGCAGAGAUGUAUUGACAUCGCCGACUACAAGGAGAGUUUCAACACCAUCAGCAACAUUGAGGAGAUCUCCUACAACGCCAUUUCCUUCACCUGGGACAUCAACGAGGAGGCAAAGAUCUUCAUCUCUGUGAACUGCCUGAGCACAGACUUCUCCUCUCAGAAGGGGGUGAAGGGUCUGCCCCUCAACCUGCAGAUCGACACCUACAGCUACAACAACCGCAGCAACAAGCCCAUCCACCGUGCCUACUGCCAGAUCAAGGUCUUCUGCGACAAGGGCGCCGAGAGGAAGAUCCGCGACGAGGAGCGCAAGCAGUCGCGCAGGAAGGGCAAGACCACGGAUGUCAACCCCAACCUGGGGGGCUAUCACUCCGUGGAUGUGAAGGUGCCGCUCAUGCACAAGCGGAGCGACAUCACCAUCUUCAAGGCCAUGGUAGACAUGGAAACGCAACCCGUUCUCUUCAUCCCUGACCUCCACUUCUCCAGCUUCCAGCGCCAUGUGAGUGUCACAUCACCAUCCCUCAGGGUACCAAACAUUGGUCCUUUCACACCUGAUGAUGCAGAAGAUAGCACGGGGAUGAAGAGAUUAACCUAUGGCAAUGAAGAAGAGUUUGGAACAGCGCCCAAUAAAAUGGCCAGGAUGGAUGAGCCUAAGAAAGUGCUGCUGUACGUGCGCAAGGAGACGGAGGAGGUGUUCGACGCACUCAUGCUGAAAACUCCCACACUCAAGGGCCUGGUGGAAGCUAUAUCAGAGAAAUAUGAAGUUCCUCUCGAAAAGAUGGGAAAGGCCUACAAGAAAUGCAAAAAGGGGAUCCUGGUGCACAUGGACGACAACAUCAUCAAACACUACUCGAACGAGGACACCUUCCAGAUCGAGAUGGAGGAGGUUGGAGGGGCGGUGAAGCUCACGCUGACCGAAAUCUAACGGCGGACGCCUUCAAAGCGUUCCCUCCAGUGACAGGCCUGCUGGUUUACACGUCUCUAAAAAAAAAGGGAACAGACUCCUCAGUGUCUCUGCUGUAUGAUAUGUGCUGUCCUUUGCUGCCUGAGGAACUACAUGGGUUCCCAGAAUUCCUUGCUGAUCCCCUCGUUUAUGGGGGGACUUAAGUCUUGUUUGAACCUUUCUGAGGUGCACUAAUGCACGUGGUAUCAGAGCUUUAUCAAAGGUUUGAGAUUGAGGUGCAGUGAAAUAGGAAACGGGUCAUUUAUGCUAAGGGGGAAGGAUGUGAGAUGUUAGGAGAACUUAUCUUUUGCGAACACAACCUUUUGCUGUAUGUUUCUUUGUAAUACUGGCAGAUUGUCUGCCAGACGAGGGGAAAAAUGCACUGCUCUUAAAGUAAGUCUGAUGCCUGGGUAAGCCCUAUACUUUACUGUUAUUGUUCCCCCUUGAAAACCAGAGCACUGAAGAUCUUUGUCUUUUUACGAGAUGAUUGUGAGUAUAAAUUAGGUUGGGAAAACACUGGUGAACCUGUAAAUAGUGGAGACAGAGUGGCCCUGUUGGCUCACUGUAUUAUACGCAACAUGUGGCAGUAUUUAGCAUGUACUGUAAACUAUUUCUCAGUGUAUCUUAAGUUUCACCAUUCUGGGUAUGCGUGUGUGUAUGUCUGUCUGUGUGUGUGUGUGUGUGUGUGUGUGUGUGUGUGUGUGUUGUGUAGGUGGGGCACAGCAAAAUAUUUACAUAAGCAUUAGUGAAGCAGAUCACCAACAUUAAUUGUAAAAAGUAUUACUUUAAAUUAAAUAUCUACCCUCAGUGCAUUCAUAUCAUCAGCCAAAUACUGUAGGUAACUCAAUCUAUACCUCAUUGUAACAGACAUUGAGUUGGUUAGCACAAAGUGCAAUAUGUGUUUUUUUAACACAUAUACAAUUAGAUUAGUAAAAUCUCAGUCACUUUUGAAAUGCUGAAUAUUUUUUCUAACCACUUUUCAGUUCCUGUUUUGUAUGAAAGUACUUACUCAGCUCAUGUGUAUAUAUUUAUUAAUAAAUAGGAAAGGGUUAUUUUACAUGGUGUGUCAAAAAUGUUUAUUGUCACUUUGCUGUUUGUGUUUUUAUAUGACAUCAAUCCCGCUGUAUUUAUGCCAAGAUAUUUUUUAUAAAGUUCCAGGGUGUUAAAGUACCUUUUUGCCCCUUAAAAGGAGACUUCCAUAUGUAUCUCAUUUAUUCCCUGCAUAUCUUAAACACUCCUAAAUAAAAGCUGCGGUAGCUGUGUGCGUAAAA